AUGGAGUCCCAAGAACGCGACCUCGAGGGCGACCACGACAGCGUCGGUGCUGUAAAUUACUCACUCGCACAUGAUUAUCUUGUCGGAAAGGAGAGACGAGGUGAAGCAGUUGACGAGCGAGCGGGAAGCGCGAUCGACAAAGGCGAUAAUGCCGGCGGAAAGGUCCAUCAAUUUUACUUCGUGAAACAUCAUCCAUUCGAGAACCCAAGCUUGGUCGCGACUGAAAAGAUUGUUCAGCAUCGGUUCAUCAUCGAGCAAAAGAGGAAAGAAAAGCUGAUGGAUCGAGACGGAUUAUACUUCUCGUUGCGCUAUCGGAGAUACUGGGACCAGCAAUGGGGAAGAGAGGACUUGAAGUUGCUGAAAUUAUCUACGGACAAGCUAUGCUUCGCAAACAAAGUGAGCCUCUGCAAGGCCAUCAAACCGAGCUCUUCAGUGGAUGAGAUAGAUAACCUGAGCUUGCAUUUUGGAAUGCUUCAUGGAGGCAACAACCUGGCUGACGAAAGGCGGAUCUUAAAAAAGAUAAGCGAAGCCCAAAGGAAGGCAGAUCCAUGCAUGUCCAUGCAAGAAUUCGAUCAAAAGAUCAGGAGGUUGCAUGAUACAAAUCCAUGGCAGAGACCUGAUUCGAAUGAGGAGAGGAAGACUAGGGAUGAGAUCAAAAGGCUUGAAUUGGCAAGAGAGGAGGCCAUGACAAGUGCUGCUUGCAAGGGGAAGAUGUGGGAUUCUUUGGGCUCAAAGCUAACCAUAAGAAAGCAAGUUCAACUCAUAGAAGAGGGACUAGAUAAAACUAGACAGCAGCACUUGGCUUUCAAUGCUGAAUUGGCUUUUGUCAAGAAAGAAUUGGCAUCGGUCAAAAACGAAUUGAAAUCAGUGGAGAAGGAACUGUUGUACAUUGAACGAAUGAAGGGCGAUGCCUACAAAUUCAUCCUCGAAUGGAAAAAGAGCAUCAAGUAGCGGUAGGAUGAUACAUAUAUCCUCUUGCUUUCGCUAGCUGCGUUUUUCCUAGUUACUUAUGGCUUUCUUGAUUCAUUUUCAGAAUGCCUGCUACAA